AUGUUUUUACGCCAGAAACUUCGCGUAGUGGUGGUUGUGCGAGAGGAGCACUUUUGUAUAACCCAUGCCUCCAUGUUCAAUAGGACAAAAUCAAAGGAUUUCAGAGUCGAAGUGCUUUUACCGUCUCCUAGGCAGAAGGGAAGAAUUAACUUCCGAAAAGACCUCGAGCUGUUGGAGGACGACGUUGUUGUUGUCGACAAUUCGAUGAAGCCCAGUACAUCAGAAAGAAGCGUAGAACUAGCUCGACACGAACCGUCGUCUUCCACUAGUUCUGCAGAGAACAAAAGAAAUCGUUUGUAUGCUCCCCUUUCGGCACUGUCAUCACGUCUUCAUAUCAACCAGCCGGAGCAGUUCCGAAACACUCACAGUGAAGAGGUGAAGUAG